AUGCAUGUUGGACCGGUUGAGAGUGUUCAUAAUAAAGCUAGAGAAGCUACUACACAUUUGAUGAAUCAAAAUACACAUAUGGAAACAGCAAUGAGCAAACACUCCGACGAAGCUCGUAAGGCUUAUCACACAUGCUUGAUUGCAUCAAUCAAGUGCACUAAGUUUUUAUUGCGACAAGGUCUUGCUUUUCAUGGCCAUGAUGAAAGUGCCACUUCAAGCAAUAUGGAAAAUUACUUAGAACUAUUGCAAUUCCUUACAGAUAGUGAUGAUAAAGUUAGAGAAGUUGUAAUGGAAAAUGCUCCGAAGAAUCUCAAAUUAAUAGCUCCUUGCAUUCAAAAAGAUCUUGUGAAUUCAUGUGCCCUUGAAACACUUGAUGCUAUCAUGGAUAGUCUAAAAGAUAGAUUCUUUUCAAUAUUAGUGGAUGAAGCACGAUUUGUGGGUAUCCAAGAUGUUACCGACACUAUUUCAAGUUCACUAAAGGAUGCUAUUGACAUAUUCUUUUCUCUCAACGGUAUGAGCCUUUCCAAGCUACGAGGACAAGGUAAUGAUGGUGCUAGCAAUAUGAAAGACAUUGCCUCUUUUUUUGCAACUGCUAAUAGUGUGGUUAAGCAUGUUUGGGCAUCUUGUAAGCGAUGUGAUUUACUUAGAGGGCAACUCCAAGCAAAGCUUGUGGUAGCUUUUGAAAAUGAUUGUCUUGUAACGGGGCUAGGCUUAAAUCAAGAAACAAGUCUCAAAGGUUCCGGUGACACACGAUGGAACUCACACUAUGGUACCUUGAUUAUCAUCACUUCUAUGUUUUCAUCCGUCGUUCAUGUGCUUCAAAUGGUUAUUGAUGAUAAUCCCAAUAAUAGUGCAGGGAGGUCAAGGCAUAAUGCUCGAAUAAAGACAAAUCAUAAUCAUUAUCUUGUGGAACUCUGUAUUUAUGUCAUUGAUGAGCAAAUUAUAGAGUUAGAUAAUCGCUUUAAUGAGGUAAAUACUGAGUUGCUUAUUUGUUUGGCAUGUUUGAGUCCGAAAGAUUCAUUUAUAGCUUUUGAUAAACCAAAGCUACUUCGUCUUGCUCAAUUUUAUCCUCAAGACUUUUCGGAUGAGGAUUGUUUGGCACUUGAAGAUCUACUUGAGAUUUAUAUUCAUUAUGUGCAUUCGAGUAGUGAUUUCUCUCAAUUGGAAGGGAUUGGUGAUCUUGCAAGAAAAAAUGGUGGAGACAAGGAUGCGUCAAUUGCAACUGCUUCAGUGGAGAGGGCAUUGUCAGUCAUGAAUAUUAUUAAGGGUCCAUUUCAGAACAAAAUGGGAGAUCAAUGGUUGAGUGAUAGCUUGAUUGUUUAA